GUAACCUUGGAGACCGGCGGGCGUCGCUGCCUGCGGCCAGGCGGGGAGGGGGGUGCGUGGUGUCGCGAUAGUCGGCGACAGCCGGGCGCAUGGGGGAUGGCGGGGGUGAUGUUCUGUGAGCCCCAACACCUCUACAACAUCAUCAACCAGUACCGGUGGAGAUCGCGGCUGACGGAGCCCAACUACCUGUGCCUGCUGGAUGCCCGUUCUCAGCCUGAAUUCUGUGAAAACCACAUUAUUACAGCCCAAAGGAUUGAACUGAGUUCUGCAGGGGAGUACCUGAUCCCGAAUCCUGAGGAGCUGGGCUAUGUCAGGUUCUGUGUGGUGUAUGACCACGACACUGGCUUGACUGACUGUCAGGAGAAGGAGAAAGAAACAGAGGGUGCUGCUUCAGGGACUGAAAUCAGCAGCUCAGGUUCCACAUCUUCCCAGGAUGCUGGGGAAGGAGAUGCCCUCCUCCAUGCCAGAAACUUGGAGCACUUCUCCCGCCACCCCGUGCUUGUCCUGAAGGGAGGGUACAAGCGUUUUUCAGCUUGUUACCAUUUCCUGAAGAGCUAUAAGACAGUGUGGAUGCCUCAGGAGCUAGACAACUUCGAGCCAUACCCUGUAGAAAUACUGCCUGCAAAGCUAUAUAUGGGCAAUUUCAAGCAGGCCAGUGACAAACAAAUUCAGAAAGAUCUGCAGAUCAAAUCACUGGUCAAUGUCUCUGAAGAUCCUGUAACACUGUUUGCAGAAGAAGGUAAAUCCCUUCAUAUACCUGUUCCAGAUUCACUCGAAGCAGAUCUUUUCUCUUCCUUCCCCACCAUUUCUCAUUUCAUAGAUGCUCAGCUGGAGGUGGGAGCAGUGCUGGUGUUCUCCAGCCUGGGGAUAAGCAGGAGCAGCACAGCCACCAUGGCCUAUCUGAUGCACUCCUGCCGCUUCUCCCUGCAGAGAGCUUGGAAAUACCUUCUGAAAUGCAAAAUGAACAUGAGACCAAACCGGGGCUUUGUGGAACAGCUCUCAGCCUGGGAGAACCAAAUCUAUGGGUCCCCAGUCACAGAUGUCACUGAACCAAAUUACUGACAGAGAACAUCCCAUGGUGAAAGCCACUUCCCCUUUCUGGGGAGAAAGUUACUUGAACACUGUGUGAAAAAAGACCCAAAUGUAAUGGAAAAGCUUUCCUCUAUUAGCUCAAUAUCAUUUUGGUUCAAGAUUUGGAGCCCCCUGAGGAACUCACCUGUGCUGGAGGAGGUGGCAGUUUGGGGAAUGCAAGUCCUGCAGGAUCUGGCUCAUUAGACACAGCUCGACUCUUCUGUAAGCAAAGGGAUUAUAACUUCAGCUGUGGGGCACUCAGUAGGGUUAUUUCCCCAAAGGUUUGUUAUCCAUGGUCUGGAAUAGUGAAUUUAGAGUCUGACAGUGCCCACUUCCAGCCUGCAGAGGUGACAGCAGAAUUUCCCUGUUUGAGAAGUCCCUGUGCCCUGUGAGUGCCUUCUCAGCUACCCACAGAUAUGACCAUGGCCUCUCACAGACUCACUGGCUGGAUUGUUGACGAGUCCACCCUUCCCAUUUGCUGCCUUCUAAUCCUACAGCCAAACCUCUGGGCACAGCUGGUAAUUUUAAAGCCUCAGUGCUGUCACAUGAAACCUAAACUCAGUGCCAUCCUCACUCUUACAGCACUCUGAAUUCUGUUCUUUGGCAUCACCAAAUAAAACAGGACAGAAAACAC